UCUGUGUUUGUUUCGGGAACAAAAUCGAUCUUGAUUGUGAAUUAUGGUAUCUUAAAUGAUGAAAAUCAAGCGUAGGCUGAUUUCGACCCCUACUCAUAUCUGAUGUCCAGAUUUGGUUUAAGAUAGCUCAACACACAUAGGUGUUGACAUUGUUUAACAUUUAAUUGAAAAAAAAAAAAACACCUUAAAAAUCCCACCCAUUUAGUUAACACUGAUCUGUUUGUUUUAAUGGUGGCUGACAGCCAUUGAAAUUGAAGUCUGCAGCUGUUCUUCUCUAAACGAUUUUCAUUGAAACUCUCAUAUUUACCAGAAAAAGCUUUGUGAUGGCUAGCACCUCAAAUCCGGAGCUUAACACUAGCCGAAACUAUCGACAAUGGCUGACCGAAACAUUUGAUGGCCAUGAAAUGCUUGAUGAUGAGUUGUCAGAUAGUAAUCUGGACGGAAAUGGUAAUUUGAUCAACCCAUUGGAUCAACAUUUUCCUAUGACUAUGGAACAUAGAGAACCAUACAUUGGUAUGGAGUUUGAGUCAGCUGAGGAUGCUAGGGAGUUUUAUGAGAUGUAUGGUCGGCGUAUGGGAUUCACCAUUCGGAAUAAUCGCACUCGUCGAUCUCUUAAGGAUAAUUCGAUAAUUGGCCGAGAGUUUGUUUGCUCGAAAGAAGGUUUUCGUGCAGAGAAAUAUACGAAGAAAGAAACCCGAGUUUUCACAUCGCGGCCUGCCACAAGAGAGGGAUGUAAUGCAAUGCUGAGGAUAGCAGCAAAAGAUGGGGGAAAAUGGGUUAUCUAUGGUUUUGUUAAAGAACAUAAUCAUGUACUGAAUCCAAGCAAAAUACCUCCUCGACGGUCACAUCGAAUUGCGUUCUGUGAGGAUGAAAAGGAUCUUAAAAUUCGAGAACUGUCCACGGAGCUGCAUCAUGAGAAAAAGAAAUCGGCUGCUUACCAAGAGCAGCUUCAGAUGGUUUUAAAUUAUAUCGAAGAGCACACUCAGCGGUUAUCCUUAAAAGUUAAUUUGGUAUCCAACAAUCUGAGAGAGCUUGAAUAUGAAGACUAAGACUAAGCUCAUUUUCUAAGGUGAGCCUCCUUCUUUUGAGCUACUUCGCUCGAAUUGCUAUUUACUUUGAUUUAAUGGUCUUUGUCCACCUAUGUUGAUCCAACUCUUUGUUUUUCUUGAAUGCCUAUUCUGAUAUUCAUGUCCACCUCAUAUCUGGAUAUGAAUGGGAAUGUGAUGCUCCAAAACCCUCCAAAUACUUGAAAAGUUUGGGGGAAAGAAUGAACAUAUGUCCUACACAUAUCUGCAUCCAUGACUCAUGUCGAAGUCCAAAUAACAUAGCUGUCUAUGGUAUCUGUUUUAUGCAACUGAAACAAUAGCUCAUGUUUAUAAACUCUUUUGGAUACUUUAUAAAAGAUCAAAAAAGGGAAAAGGAAAGGUGAUAUUUAGUUUCAUUGUAUAGUUUCCAGGCUAAGUUAUGUUUCAGCCAUUCUUCUUCUCUGUAAUUGCUUAAUCAGAGAGAAUGUCCUCUAAACAUUUAUCUAUGGCUGACUAAGUUAUGAUGCUGAAACUUUUCACUCCUUUUCAGUUGAUUCUCUAACUGUGGAAAUUGUUAUUGAAGCGAUCAGUUAAUUGUAUCAGUGAAUGCAGAGAUGAUAUCUAUGUGCAUCUUGAUUUAAAAUAACAACCUCCACCUUACUCUUUGGUGGAAGAAAAAUCUGUUGUUGAUGGUUGUUAAUAUUUUGUGUCCUCCAAGUUGCUUGAUGACUGAUUGCAGCCCUAAUUUGGUCAUCAUAUUGUAUAUGCCUGGCAGUUGGAAGAAUAGUCUUUGUUAAUGCAAACAUCUAUAUUCAUCUUUUCUUCCAUUGUUUAUUUAUUCCUUAGCAUGUGCCAUGUACCCAACACAUAUUCAGGGAACCCUUUGAAUACAUGAAAAAAAUUAAAUAUAUUUGUCUUGGACAUAUUUGCUGCA